ACCGUCAAACCGAAAAUGUUUUCCAAAUCGCAACUAUUACUGCUCGUCGUCGGGUUCUGCCUGAAUGCAGCCGUUUCGGGUGACGUGGACUGCAGCAAGCGGCCACCGUUUGUGGAUCCCAAGACCUGCUGUCCCAUUCCCGAAUUUGUGAUGAUUACUUUGAAAGACUCGUGCGGCAUGCUUGGCGUAACUCCACCACCUUGCUUCUACUUUUGCUUCCUAAACAUGACUAACAUCUAUAAGAACCAAAAACUAAGUCAGAAUGGCCUGAACGGCUAUAUGCAGCUGGUGACCAAAUCCGAUCUGCAUACCACAUACACUCAGGCCUUCACCACCUGUGCAACCAAAGUUGCUGAGUUCGAGGCCAAUUUGCCGGCUCUUACCGCUUCCUCACCACCACCCAUUUGUCCUGAGGAUUAUCUAAUGGGCUGUGUGUUCCGUAAUUUCAUGAAGAAUUGCCCGGACUCGGUCCGUAACGAUUCCCAAGAGUGUAAAGAUAUGAAGGAGUUCUCCACCAAGUGCGAGCCCCCACUGGGACCCUCCGCCGAAGAGAUGUAAGGCAAGCAUGGAACCCUUCCCGUCUGAUAAACCAAAAUGGAAAUAUAAAUACCCCUCCAAACUAGAAAAAUAUUUUUCAAUAUUCAAUAUUCAAUAUUAUUCAAUAUUUUUCCCAUUUAAAGC